AUGAACGAGGCAUUAGUAUGUGUAAUAUUCAACAAUAGGGUCUGGGUCGCGGCAUGUCCAGCCCUCAUACCCAUUCACAACCACCGUGUGUCAGUAUCCUACUAUGUGUCCGUGCCGUCAACCAGUAGAAUUAUUGUUUGUGACAAUCUGUGUAAUUUGACCUACAACACAAAUGCGCAUCAUGACUUCAACAAAGAAGGCAACUUGGAACUUACCCGAUCCUCCCAUGCGAUCAUUCUAUUCCCGGACUGGACCAAGGUGCAGCAUGUUGCAAUCAACACCCAUACCCCCACACUACAACCCUCCAACCCUCCUACUGUUGCUGCCCAGGAACUGUCUGAUACAGUUGCCCCCCAGGAGACCAACUGCAACCUCAUCCUCACGCAGGUUGAACCCCCGAUAUCCCCCACCACCCAGGAGACCAGCUACACCCCCAUCCUUAACCAAGUUGAACCCCCAAUAAUCCCCACCACCCAGGAGACCAUCUACACCCCUAUCCUCAACCAGGUUGAACCCACAAUACUCCCCACCACCCAGGAGACCAGUUUUACCCGGUUUCCCAACCAGGUUAAACCCCCAAUAACCCCCUCGGCCCAGGAGACCAGCUACACCCAAACCAAAGAAGAAACCCUAAAGAAAAUGACAUAGUCAGCCCCAUCCAACCUCAUCCUACUUAUAUUGUUUAUUCAUAAAUGUUAAUGAUGUCAAUAACUUAAUUUAUGUUUUUAAUGAAUUAAUAAAACAAUUCCAGUGAUUGAUGGUCCCCUACUUUUCAGGAGGCAGGCAUACUGUACACGCUUAGAAAAAGGGGUUCCAAAAGGGUUCUUCAGCUGUCCCCAAAGGAGAAACCUUUUUGGUUCCAGGUAGAACUCUAUUCGGUUUCAUGUAGAACCCUUUGUCUUACAUGGAACCAAAAGGGUUCUACCUGAAAACAAAAAGGCUUCUCCUAUGGUGACAGCCAAAUAACCAUUUCUAAGAGUGUAGUAUAAGUAUAGAUGUAAAAAUGAAUCAUGCAACUGACUGUCCCGCUAACUUUAUUCAUGUUCUGGUGGGUGGUGAUUAAAUAAAUA